AAGUUACGAUAAUUCAAGCGAUAAUCCGAUGUCUGAAGAGGCCUCAAUCCAAGAGCCGAAACUGAUAUUUUAUUGAGAAAUCAUGCCGAGUAGUAAAACGAGAAUCGCUAUUGUGGGUGGUGGAGUGGCUGGUUUGGUGGUAGCCCGCCAUGUAGUGGCCAAAUUAAAUACUUAUAGUCUCAUUCUCUUCGAACAAACCGAUCAAAUCGGUGGCACGUGGGUGUAUACUGAUGAAACAGAUCUUGACAAACACGAACUUUUGAUUCACAGCAGCAUGUACAAGAAUCUCAGAACAAAUAUACCAAAGGAAAUAAUGGCAAUACCUGACUUUCCCUUUCAAGAUCUAGGUGGCCCGUCUUUCGUUCAUCACAGUGUAAUAAGAAAAUAUCUCAUGAGCUAUGCGAAGCACUUCAAUCUUUAUCCCUACGUCAAAUUGAAUACCCUAGUGAAGCGCGUAGAACCAAAAGUUUUGAGAAACGGCCGAACCUUAUGGAUGGUGACGUAUGAGUCAUUGGAGACCAAAACAGAAAUCACAAACAUCUUCGACGCCGUAGUGCUGUGCAACGGUCAUUACACUAUUGGUCGUAUUCCGCAUAUACCAGGUAUCGAAAGCUUUUGCGGUAGAUGUAUUCACAGCCAUCAGUACAGAAUACCAGAGGUCUAUACCGGCAAAAAGGUUUGCAUACUCGGCGCGUCCUGGUCUGGCAUUGAUAUCGCCAUGGAAGUCUCUCAAUAUGCUGAUAAGAUAUAUCUGAGUCAUAAUCUGUCGGAACAACUCAACUCAAAAAUAUCGAACAAUAUCGAGCAAAAGUCCGGUGUAGAGUCCAUCCAGGGAAACACCUUCACCUUCCGCGACGGAUCAACAGUAGAAGUGGACGAUUUUAUAUACUGCACCGGUUACGAAUUUACGUAUCCCUUUAUGUCUGCUAAAGUCGAGAUACGUACAGACAACGACCACGUCGAGCCCAUCUACAAGCAUCUAGUACAUAUGGACUACACAAGUCUAUUCUUCAUGGGAUUGCCCGCGUUGGUGAUACCGUUUCCAAUGUUUCAUAUUCAAGCACAGUAUAUUCUUGGAAUCCUCGAAGAACGUAUCAAGUUACCGUCGUCGCAACAGAUGCGCGAAGAGUACGAAAUCGAGAAAAAAUCUCUGUUGGACCAAGGUAUUCUGCUGAGACACAUUAACAAGUUAAAGGACAGGCAGUGGGCUUACUACGACCAGCUUGCAACUGUUGCGAAUGUGGCAGGCUUUCCGCCAGUAAUCAAGAAGGUUAUGGAUCACGUUUUUCAAAUGCGAGAUAUAGAUUUUACCACCUACAAAAAUUAUCAAUACCGCAUCAUUGACGGCGAGAAUUUUAGCGUAUCUUACUGUAAACCUUGUUAGGGGGGUUGUAUGCAAAGAAAAGUGCAGAAAGUGAACAUCAUUUGCAAGACGAUCUGUAUUAAAACGGAUACGAAUAAAUCGUUCACGUCUUUCAGUAUA